AUGAUCCCACCCAAGGGCUCCUUCUACCGACGACCACUGCCCGGCAGCCUGCAGUUCUCGGAGCAGGCCAUUGGCGUGCACACCCUGGAACGCUAUUCCAAAGAGAUCUGCGAGGCUGGUGGGAUAUCGGGGCAUCACACGGGACACUCGGGAAGGGUCAGCAGUGCAACUACGCUGUAUAAUCGAGGCUUCGAUGAGCAGACGAUCAAAGAGCGGACAGGGCCUUGCGGCAGCGGGGCAAAGGGUUACAAGAGAACGUCUCCCACCCAGAUCAAAGCCAUGUCAGACUGCCUACAGCCUCCAAAUCCACUGAAGAAGAUCUCAACCUGCUCGCCUGCCCCAUCCACCUCGUCCGAAGAUCAGAGAUCCGAAGAUCAGGACGAAGGCCCGAGCAACAUCAUCAUCAUCUCAGAGGAUGGGAUUGACCACGAGCACCCCAACCCUGCCACCACCAUUUUCAGCCGCCCCGAGGUGCUGAUCACAGAACAAGAUGGCGUGCUGAAGAUCGAAAUGCCCACACGGACUCCCCCGGCCUUGCUCCUGCAGUCUCCCAGCCAAACCAUCACAAAGUUAAAAAUAGUCAAAGGCGAUGUCGUUCUAGAGUUGAAUCUGUAAGCACCUCUGGCAGCGCAAUACUGCUUCUAUAGUUGUAUGGCUCAGAGCUACUGUGCCAGCAGUGGUGUUUGAUCAGUACAAGACACGCUGUCUCCAGCAGGGUACGUGCUGCCAAGUUUGAAAUGGCAUGGAGUCCGAAGGUUCAGUCCCUUUUCCCAAAAGCAAGCCAUCAAUCGCUCUGCUCAGUUCCCCCAUUGCAUUGCGAUCUGUGCUGUCCACCAACCAACAAAACAUCAAUGGGCUCUCCUUAUACUCACUGUCCCUCUUUAGAAUUCCACCACUGACCAGCACACUGGACGCCUGCUACUUAAUUAAUAUAGUCAUUGUAUAAAAUCCGGUUACACGUUCCCUGGUUCCUGUUUUUUUAGUUCAUGAAUGGUUCAGCUUUAUUUUCAGAACCAGUCACAUUACAAUUUGGGGACAAGGAGUGGUAGGGGUGGGUUGGUAGGAGUUUAGGAUAGAAGAAAGAACUUGAUUCUCCCACCAUAAUGAGGUGGUGCGGACAUGGUUCAAGGCAGGAAGGGAGACAGCACAAGCUUGGCAGUGCACAGAGGCCACUGGAGCAUCACUGCUGUACCCCCCAACAGUGCUGAGCCUAUUUGUGAUUAAAAUAAAUGGAAUCCGCUGGGAGGAGCGAUUCUAAAACUAAACCUGUCUCCUACCGUUCUGUUUCCUUCUCCUUCAAAUGUGCAUCAAACUCAGAAAAUCUGAAACACAUUCACUUCUCCACAAGAAAUUAGUCUAAAGCACUGAAAUCUUUCCUUAAUAGUCCCGCAGCAUCCUGUAGCAUAGUGGUUAGCA